AUGGUCGCAUACACCUCAUUCGACAGCUUCCUCCUCUUCGGAGACUCCAUCACCCAGUUCUCGUUUGAUAUCAUUGACCGCGGGUGGGCCGCACAGCUUGCAAACGCCUACCAACGCCGUCUGGAUAUCAUCAACCGCGGCUUCUCAGAAAACCUCCGCGCCCUCAUCGAGAUGGUCCACUCCCCAGCAUCACCCACCUACUCGCCUCAUACAAGGAUUAUCCUCAUCUGCCCACCACCCGUGAAUGAGGGCCCGUGGGAGAAGGAGUGUCAGCAGAGGGGUAUGAGCAUGAAUCGCGAUUGGGAGGUGACGAAAGCCUAUGCGGAAGUGUGUUUGAGUGUGGGGAGGGAGUAUUCGGAGAGGAAUGGGCAGGGGGAGGAGUGUCAGGUGGAUGUGAUUGAUACUUGGGGGAUUAUGAUGGAGAAAGUCAAAGGUGGGGAGCGGACGUUGGGUGAGUUUUUGAAGGAUGGGCUGCACCUCGCCGCUGCAGGCAACGACGUGAUUUUCGAAGAGAUCAUGAAGGUUUUAAGAACCAAAUACCAGGCCUGGCACCCGGCCAAGAUGCUAAUGCACGGACCGUGGUGGCGCCAUUUGGAUGUGGACCAUCCCAAGACGGACCUCUUGAUCUGCGCCAACAAGCCCCCGGUCCCAGCGUCAACUGUUUAG